AUGUUUACAGCUGUAUUGGUCACUGGUGCAUCUGGUUUUGUGGCAACUCAUAUUGUUCGUCUACUGUUACAAGAGGGUUAUCGAGUUCGUGGAACAUUACGAGAUAUGAAUAAUGAACUUAAAUUACAGCCAUUAAGAGAUUUGCAAUAUUCAGAUGAACGUCUGGAACUUGUUUAUGGAGAGCUAAAUGAUGCUGAAUCAUGGAAAAAAGCUGUGCAAAACUGUGACUAUGUGAUGCAUACAGCAAGUCCAUGUGAACUUGUCGCAUCCAAAACUAUUGUUCAGGAUGCCGUUAACGGAACCCUAAAUGUUCUUCGGGCAGCUGCUGGAUGCCCAACGGUUAAAAAGGUUGUGCUCACCAGUUCCUGUGGUGCUGUAAACGAAGGUUAUCAAAAAGAGAAACGGAUUUUUGAUGAAACCGACUGGACCAAUGUGUCGGAUAAAAAAGUGCUGCCAUAUCAUCGGAGUAAAACCGAAGCUGAAAGAGCUGCAUGGAAAUUUGUCAAAGAUGAGAAAGGUAUGAUAAAAAAAAAAAGCAAGCUAAUCUAUAUUAAUAUAUUUUUUUUUUUGCAUUUCAAACUUACAGCUGUAAAUCCGGGAGUUAUUGUUGGACGUCUUUUACAUAAUUAUAAAAAUGCCAGUGCUGCAGUAAUAGGUUACUUUUUGGAUUCUACAAUGCCUGCUUAUCCACAGUUAAGUAUAUCGAUAGUAGACAUUGAAGAUGUAGCUGAAGCACAUCUUCGAGCUAUGCUCUAUCCAGAAUCAGAUGGUGAACGUUUUCUUCUCACCUGUUGUACAAUGUCAUUUAAGGAAAUCGCUGAUUUACUUCGAAAAGAAUUCGCCUCAGAAGGUUAUUAUGUUCCCGCAAUAAAGGCACCAUUUGUUCUGCUAUGGCUUUACGCUCGACUUAGCGCAAAAGCUCGUUCUGCGGUUGAUCUUUAUGGUCAUGAAGAAUAUUUUGACAAUUCAAAGGCACGACGAAUUCUAAAAAUGAACUUCAGAGAUCCACGAAAAGGAAUCAUUGAUAUGGCUUACGAUAUGAUUGAAAAAGGACUGUUGCCCAGAAAGGGAAGGUUUGCACCGAGUAAAAAUUCGCCUAAGAAAUCACUGUAUGGCAAAAAGCGCUCUGAUAAAUCAAAAACUGAUAAAUCUACUAAAUAG